AUGCCACCUCGCCUCGUCUUCCUCCGCACCUUGCCCUUUCAACUCCGCUUCCGAUCCUACUCUUCCUCCUCGUCCUCUUCGUCAAACCCACCAAUAAUCCACAUACCAAAAGCGAACAUAUACCCCUUCGGCGCCUCCCAAUCCACACCUCCCGCCCUCAAUUCCAUAGAUUGGACCGUAGACGAAGGAGAAGCAUGGGCCGUCGUGUCGCGUUCGAGGGGUGGAAGAGGGAAAAGCAUAUUAUUCCAGACACUCCUAGGAAACAACCGCAUAUCACCACUGCCCCCCUCUCCAGGCCUAUACCCCUUCCUGAACGGACUCGACCCAUUCGAUGGACGUCGUCUCGGGUUCGUCGCGUUUCGAAAUACGGGGGGUACAAGGGGGGCAGGUGGGGUUUUUUAUGAUUAUACGGCCCGUUAUGGUGCUGUUAGGGAGGAAGAUGGGCGGACGUUACGGGAUACUCUUCAUGGGGAGGGAGGGAAGGUUGAAGAAUUGGUGGAUAAGUUGGGAUUGAGGGAUUUAUUGGAUUUACCGCUGAUCGCGCUGAGUAAUGGACAGAUGAGGAGAGCGAGGAUAGCGAGGGCUGUUAUGAAGACUCCGGAGGUGCUUUUGUUGGAUGAGCCGUUGACCGGCCUAGACCCAACCUCACGCACACACCUCCUCGCCCUCCUAGCAGACCUCCACGCCUCCCGCUCUCCACGUAUCAUCAUCGGCAUGCGCGCACAAGAAGAGUUGCCGGGGUGGGUUACGCACGUGUUGGAUGUUGGGGAGGGGGGCGUUAUCCCAAUGACGAGGGAGAGGUGGCGUGGUCUUCAGAGGACUCAGAGGGCGGAGGAGAAGGGGAAGGAGGGGAGGGACGAAUCGAAGGAGAGAGUGGAAGAGGGGGAGUUGGUGGUUGAUUUAAAGGGUGUUGGGGUGAAGUAUGGGAAUAGGACUUUUUUCAUUUUCUCGCGCUAUUGCCUUUCUUUUGCGUGCUAUCGUUCCUUUUCACGCGUUGUAUUUCCUUUCCUUCGUAUUCGUUUCUUUCCUCACCAUUCUUGGAGAACUUCUUCUAUUUCGCGAGUUCCCUUUCGUUUCCCCGAGCUUCCACUCUCUCCAUUCGUGAAGGCGAGAGGUGGCAUUUACAAGGGUCGAAUGCUUUGGUUUUCUUCAAUGCCUUCUCCUGAUUUCAUGAACCCUGUCUUGUUUUUGGGAUGGCUCGCUGCCGUUGUUCUUUACUGUAAAUGGGCUUCACGCGUUAGACACUACGGUUUGAGAAAGUCGACUUCACGUCGUAUACUUGAUUCUCCCCCUACCCAUCUAUUACGCGCCUUUUCGCGCUCAGGCAAAACAACACUGCUCUCCCUCUUAACAGGCGACCACCCACAAUCGUACACGCAAGCACACCUCCACCUGCCCUCCCUAUCUCCUGCCACGUCAUCGAAUCCCUCCUUCACAACUCACCCCUACCGAACCCACCACCUCAACUCACGAAAACGUACACCGACUGCACACCUCCGCACAUUGAUUGGCGUCGUCUCCCCGGAACUGUUCGACGCUUUCCCACGUCGUCAUCCAGGCAUGACGGUCUGGGAAGCCGUAGUUACGGGCUUUGGAGGGGUUUUGUCCCGCUUAGAGGGAGCGAGAGGGUGGGAACAGAGGCGGCGUGAAAUAGAGAAGUGGCGCAUCGCUCGAUGCUGGGACGUCUUGUCCGCACUUGGUCCACGAGCCUGGUCUACGUCAGGAACACCCGAGACGGAAAGAGAAUUCGCAGUGCGUCGAUUCACGGCACUGACACCAGGCGAACAGCGUAUCGUGCUCCUCAUGCGCGCGUUGGUAUCCCGACCUCCGUUGGUGCUUCUCGACGAAGUAUGGAGUGGGAUGGACGAGGGUAUGAUUAGUGCCGUGCGGAGAUACUUGACCACUGAGGGUGGUGUUGGAGAGGCACAGGCGGUUGUUGUGAUUACGCAUUGGGAGGAGGAGGAUCCGUGGGGCGGUCAGGGGGUUAGGCGGUUUAGGAUUUGGGAGGGGGGUGGUGGUGUUGUUUAAGGAUGAGUGGGCGGUUGCUUGGAUUUGGGUUGGAAGACGGGUUUUUUUUGAUGGAUGUGUAGCAUGGGAGUAGAAAGGAAUUUGUGAAGCGCG